AUAAAUGAAGAAUUUCGAAAUUUCAAAAACUUGAAACACCAACUGAAGACAACAACAACAAUCACUGUGAAGAGAAACACUGAGUUCAUAACUCGACCUAGAUCCGAGUCACCGAGUUACAACUCGUUCUAUGCCAUCACCAUAACAAUGCAAUCAACAUCAUCAUCAUCAUCGGCGUCGCCGGACGCAAUUCUCGAAUGGCUUCACAAGGAAAUGGGAUACCGACCUCUCGGUCAGUACUCCGGCGGCGGGAAGUCGCAUUCGCCGUCGGUUGAAUCGAUCCGGAAGGUUUGUCGCGGGAACAUGAUUCCGGUUUGGAAUUUUCUCGUCACGAGGGCUAAGUCGGAGAAGACGGUGCGGAAUGUUCGCCGGAAUAUUACUGUUCACGGUGAUGGAGAUGGGGAUGGUGCUACGGGGAGGAAGAAGGAGAAGAUGGUGUCUGGGGAGGGGUCUGGGUCGGCUUUGAUGGAGAGGGAUUUGGCGGCGAAGGAGGUGGAGAGGUUGAGGAACGUUGUGAGGAGACAGAGGAAGGAUUUGAGAGCGAGGAUGCUUGAGGUUGCGAGGGAAGAGGCCGAGAGGAAGAGGAUGCUUGAUGAACGUGCCAAUUACAGGCAUAAGGAAGUGAUGUUGGAGGCUUAUGACCGACAAUGUGAUGAAGCUUCAAGAAUUUUUGCUGAAUAUCAUAAACGCCUAUGUUACUAUAUAAAUCUAGCAAAGGAUGCUCAAAGAUCGGAUGUGGAUUCUUCCAUUGAGAUGGCGAAUAGUUUUAGUGCCAAAAAUGAGAAGGAAUCUGUUUAUUCAACUGUUAAGAGCGGUAAAUCUGCAGAUGAUGUCAUUGUCAUUGAAACAACAAGGGAAAAGAAUAUUAGAAAGGCUUGUGAAUCUCUUGUAGCUUACAUGGUUGAAAAAAUACAGAGUUCUUUUCCUGCUUAUGAAGGAAGUGGUGUACUUUCAAAUCCUCAGGCAGAAGCGGCGAAAUUGGGGUUUGAUUUUGAUGGGCAAAUUCCGGAUGAGGUUAGAACUGUUAUUGUGAAUUGCCUAAAGAGUCCUCCCCUAUUACUUCAGGCAAUUACUGCAUACACUUCUCACUUGAAAAGUCAAAUUUCCAGAGAAAUAGAGAAAAUUGAUGUUAGAGCUGAUGCAGAGAUCUUGAGGUACAAAUAUGAAAAUAACAUAGUUAUGGAUGUUUCCUCUUCUGAUGGUAGCUCUCCUCUACAGUAUCCACUUUAUGGAAAUGGAAAACUUGGGGCUGAUGUGCCUCCAGGAGGAAGUCAAAAUCAGCUUCUUGAAAGACAGAAAGCUCAUGUUCAGCAGUUUUUGGCUACUGAAGAGGCACUAAACAGUGCUGCAGAAGCAAGAGACUUGUGUGAAAAGCUUCUGAAACGCCUGCAUGGAGGCACUGAUGUUACUUCGCGUUCAUCUCAGAAUAUCGGAAGUCUUAGGCAACUUCAGGUAGAUGUUUGGGCAAAGGAAAGAGAAGUUGCUGGUUUAAAGGCAAGUUUAAACACCUUAAUGUCUGAAAUACAACGCUUGAACAAGUUAUGUGCUGAGAGGAAAGAAGCCGAAGAUUCUCUUAAAAAGAAGUGGAAAAAGAUUGAAGAGUUUGAUUCUCGUAGAUCAGAACUUGAAUCCAUAUACACGGCACUCCUUAAAGCAAAUACGGAUGCGGCUUCGUUUUGGAGUCAACAACCAAUAACUGCAAGGGAGUAUGCUUCAAGCACUAUAAUUCCAGCAUGUUCUGCGGUUUUUGAGACUUCAAAUAAUGCAAAGGAUCUUAUUGAGAAAGAAGUGUCUGCCUUUUAUCGGAGUCCAGAUAAUACCCUCUACAUGCUUCCUUCUUCACCUCAGGCACUGCUUGAGGCCAUUGGGUCCAGUGGAUCAUCUGGACAGGAAGCAGUUGCAAAUGCAGAAGUAAGUGCGGCUAUUUUGACAGCAAAAGCUGGUGCCCGGGAUCCGUCGGCAAUUCCAUCAAUAUGUCGUGUUUCAGCUGCACUUCAGUAUGCUGCUGGCUUGGAAGGUUCCGAUGCUGGUCUAGCAUCCAUACUGGAAUCCCUGGAGUUUUGUUUGAAACUUCGUGGUUCAGAGGCCAGUGUUUUGGAAGAUUUAUUAAAGGCUAUCAAUCUUGUCCAUAUUAGACGGGAUCUUGUUCAAAGUGGUCAUGCCUUGUUGAAUUAUGCCUACCGGGUUCAACAGGAACAAGAAAGGACAACAAAUUUUUCUUUAAAGUUGGCUGCAGAACAAGAAAAAGCUGUAAUGGAAAAAUGGUUGCCUGAACUCAAGACUGGUGUUUUGAAUGCUCAACAGAGCUUGGAAGACUGCAAAUAUGUCAGGGGACUGCUUGAUGAAUGGUGGGAGCAACCAGCAUCGACAGUUGUUGACUGGGUGACGGUGGACGGGCAAAAUGUAGCUGCAUGGCAUAAUCAUGUAAAGCAGCUUCUUGCAUUUUACGAUAAGGAGCUACUAUUGUGAAUAUAUUCUAGCGCACCUGCAGAGAAUUUAAAUUUCCGAAGUUCCAGAUUGUUUAAACUAUUCCCACUUUGCUAUCUUCAUAUCUUCAUUGAAGACUUCACAUUCUUUAGCGGUUCAGAAGUUGGUACUUCAAGCAGAUAUUUUGGGAUGGAAUAUGCAGCUGCUGUUGUUAUUGAUGGACCAAAAUCUCUAGAACCUCGAGAACAAGAAAGAAACCGCUCCUCUACGUGUUGAUUUUUCAUAGAUUCCCUCCCUUUCUCGCUCUUCAGAAGUGUUUUGUGUAUUUAUAAGAUUAUUUAGAUUUUAGGUUGUAGGUUGGAAUAUUCUUUUUAACCGUUUGUGAUUAAUGGUUUUGAAUCCUCUGAUUAUAGAGCUCUGUAAAUUGAUUUAAUGUGUGCUAAUUAGUUGAAGUUGAAGAUUUAUUCAACUUCAUUUACUGCAACCUGGUUUGAAGUAUUGUACACAAUUAGUGCCAUUUAGAAAAUUUAAGAAGUUUAUUACAUAUAUGAUGAGAUUUUCCGUUUCA